CCCUGCAAAUAUUUAACUGCCAAUGCUAGUUUAUCAACAAACCCAUAAUUCAAACAUAUCCAAACCCUAGAAAAUCCACAACAAAAUCUCAUCAAUAAUCACUUCUGCUAUGCAAUUCAACAUCUUUAACUCACAAUAAUGGAGCUUUUGACGGUUUCCGCUACGCUAGCGAACCACCGGUUGACCCGACCCGUUUCUAUCAACAAUGGAAGUUUGUAUAACAAAAUGGAUGUUAGUAGCAUGCGGUUUUCACGUGUCAUUGGUUUCGGGAAGGUUAGUACGCCUUCGUUGCAGUAUAGGAACCGAUACGAUAUGUUAAAGCCGUGUCAAGUGAAGAGGAAUGAUUCGGAAGGAGCGUUAAGCAGCGAAAGUAUGAUACUGGAUGAACAAACCUUGAAGCGAGAAUUGCAGAUUGCUAUCCAGGAGGAGAAUUACGCGCAAGCGGCGAAACUUAGGGAUAAUCUCAAACAUCUGAACGAAGACAGCAAGGCUGCAGUUUUAGCUGCGAAUACUCGGUUUUACAACUCGUUUAGGAACGGUGAUUUGGUGACAAUGCAAGCGUUAUGGUCGAAAAGUGAUAAUGUUUGUGUUGUGCAUCCUGGUGUGAGCGGGAUAAGUGGAUAUGAGCUUGUGAUGGGAAGCUGGGAAUAUGUUUGGGCGGAUUAUGAGUUCCCGUUGAGUAUCGAGGUUAAGGAUGUUCAAGUUCAGGUGAGAGGUGAUGUCGGGUAUGUUACGUGUGUUGAAAGGGUGAGGACGACUGGUAAAAACUGGGGAAGUCAGUUUGCGACGAAUGUGUUUGAGAAGAUUGAUGGUCAAUGGUUCAUGUGUAUUCACCAUGCUUCUCAUGUUGAUUUGUGAAAUUCAGAGACUAAAAGGUACGGAAUUUUACUGUCACUUUGUCAGUAGUGUAGCUCAUAGCUGUUUUGUUGUAAUUAUGAAAGAAAAAACAGGAUUAAGGUUGAUUUAACUCUGAUCCUGGGUGAUGUGUCAGAAAUAUAUAUGUGGAUUUUAUACAAAGUCAUGACAUGUUAGUGUUAUAAACUGAUAUUAUGAGAUUUGAUUAUUUAUAUGUAUUUCAUAUAUAGUAUAGCUUAUGUUA